AUGGCGGAUUCUGUACAGGAAGAAGAAAAGAAGGUACUUAAAGAAAUUCCCGUCAUACAAGAUCAGGGUUUCUUUACACACGAUACGGGAGACACUUACGAGGGCUUCUUUGAAGCGAAGAAAAAAGAUAGAAAUGUCAAAAUGCACGGACCAGGAGUUUACACCACUGCAGAAGGCGAUGUCUACACGGGUACAUGGGAUGCCGAUCGUCUCGGAACAACCGAGGAAGUGUCAAUAACCUUUACAGACGGAGCCAAAUACGAAGGAAUGCUAAAGGACUGGUGCUACACGGGAUCUGCAAGAUAUACAUACCCGGACGAGAGUAUGUUGGUUUGUGAUUUUGUUGAGAAUUCGCCAGUUGGUAAUCUCAGGCUCAUCGAUCCAAAUUGCCAUAUUUGGCUCGGAAAGGCAGAACUUGGCUACGCAUGGCUCCAGCCAAUAAACCAUUAUUAUAAUAUGCUGGAAAAGACUAAAGAGAGCAAGGCUAGGAAACGCAAGAGUAAAGAUAUGGAUGAAGGGAGCAGAUCGCAAAAGUUUUAA